AUGAUCCUCACCCAAAAGGGAGAGAAGCCUUACUCCAGCUCUGACCGUGUAAAAUGCUUCACAGCAUCAACUGAGCUAAAAAUUCAUCAGAGAACACACACAGGAGAGAAGCCUAAUUCCUGCUCUGACUGUGGGGCGAGGUUCUCUCGACUGGGCACCUUAAAACAACAUAAACGUAUACACACAGGAGAGAAGCCUUACUCCUGCUCUGACUGUGUUAAAUGCUUCACAACAUCAACUGAGCUAAAAAUUCAUCAGAGAACACACACAGGAGAGAAGCCUUACUCCUGCUCUGACUGUGGGGCGAGGUUCUCUCGACUGGGCACCUUAAAACAACAUAAACGUAUACACAUAGGAGAGAAGCCUUUCUCCUGCUCUGACUGUGUAAAAUGCUUCACAACAAUAACUGAGCUAAUAGUUCAUCAAAGAACACACACAGGAGAGAAGCCUUACUCCUGCUCUGUCUGUGGGGCGAGGUUCUCUCGACUGGGCACCUUAAAACAACAUGAACGUAUACACACAGGAGAGAAGCCUUACUUCUGCUCUGACUGUGGAAAGAGUUUCUCUCAACUGGGCCACUUAAAAAGACAUGAACGUAUACAUACAGAAGUGAAGCCUUACUCCUGCUCUGACUGUGUAAAAUGCUUCAAAACAUCAACUGAGCUAAAAGUUCAUCAUGGAACACACACAGGAGAGAAGCCUUACUCCUGCUCUGACUGUGUAAAAUGCUUCACAACAUCAACUGAGCUAAAAGUUCAUCAAAGAACACACACAGGAGAGAAGCCUUACUCCUGCUCUGACUGUGGGGCGAGGUUCUCUCGACUGGGCACCUUAAAACAACACGAACGUACACACACAGGAGAGAAGCCUUACUCCUGCUCUGACUGUGGGGCGAGUUUCUCUCGACUGGGCAACUUAAAACAACAUGAACGUAUGCACACAGGAGAGAAGCCUUACUCCUGCUCUGACUGUGGGGCGAGUUUCUCUCAUCCGGGCACCUUAAAACAACAUGAACGUAUACACACAGGAGAGAAGCCUUACUCCUGCUCUGACUGUGUAAAAUGCUUCACAACAUCAACUGAGCUAAUAAUUCAUCAAAGAACACACACAGGAGAGAAGCCUUACUCCUGCUCUGACUGUGGAAAGAGGUUCUCUCAACUGGGUGACUUAAAAAGACAUGAACGUAUACACACAGGAGAGAAGCCUUACUCUUGUUCUAACUGUGGGGCGAGUUUCUCUCAUCCGGGCACCUUAAAACAACAUGAACGUAUACACACAGGAGAGAAGCCUUACUCCUGCUCUGACUGUGGGGCGAGUUUCUCUCGACUGGGCACCUUAAAACAACAUGAACGUAUACACACAGGAUAGAAGCCUUACUCCUGCUCUGACUGUGGAAAGAGUUUCUCUCAACUGGGUCAUUUCAAAAGACACCAAGGUAAACACAAGAUCUGACUGUAGAAAAUGUUUUACAACAACAGCUGAGCUAAAAGGUCAUCAGAGAACAGACACAGGAGA